AGGAGCAAAGGGCAUCGCUACUAGGAGCAAGGACGCUACUAGGGGCUAUCCGCGGCCAUGUCACAGCGAGCGCCAGCUCGCCUGACCGUCACCGUGACGGACAUCGGCGCAAAGGUGAUUGGUGCCUUUGAGUUGGACCAGGAUGCUCAAGUGUCCCACUUGCGGCAUCGGCUACAGCAGUCCAGCAAUGUCCCGCUCUACGAUCAGCACCUGAUUUGUGGCAACAAGGUCUUGACAGACGAUAUGUCUUUGGGCUCUUUGACCACACUCGGACAGAGUGAGUUCUUACAGAUCACUUUACUUCGAGCGCCAAAGCCUUGCGCACUGACGGCAGGUUCUGAAGGGAACUUCAUGCUGUGGGACUUAGACACCGGUCACUGUUGCCGCUUUCUUCCCUUCAGCACCUCUGUUCUGUGCCUCAAAGUGGACUGGCUGGCCCGGAUUGCGCUGAGCGGGCACACUGACUCCUGUUUGAGGCUGUGGGAUCUCGAUCGGGGCUUUUGCCUCCGCGAAAUGCCUUUGACAAACUCAUUUGUAAGUCUCAGAUCCGUGGACUUCGAUUGGCAGAUGAAGGUUGCUGUGAGCUCUUCUUUGGCCUAUGGAUGCUCUAUGAUUGGAAGCCCUGUGCAACCGUUGGGCCUCUGGGAUUUGGCAGCAGGAGGGUACAUUCGAGGCUUCUUGACCGAAAGUAUGCACGCCGCAUGUAUCUCUGCGGAUUGGUCCAGGUGCCAACUACUAGCUGCGGGCGAUGCAUUGGAGCUCUUUGACAUCGAUCUUGGGCAACGCUUGUGGUGUUUGAGGUCCUGGCAGUGGAGUGGCCGGCGCAGAUGGCGAUCACAUGCACCGGUGAUCGAAUCCAAGCGUGGCACUUGGAGUCUCAAGAAUGCACCCAGGAGCUCCAACAUCAUGGUCAAAUACAUCAGCUCUCGAUGGACUGGCCAGGAAACCGAUGUUGAGCCGCAGGUAUUUGUGGCGAAGGCUUGUACAGCUGGAUGUGGGACCUUCAGGAGUGAUCACUCAGAUUGGGCCGAGCUCUCAUGGAAUUUAAGUAGUUGGGUAUUUAAUUUUCGUUAAUGUUGGGAAUUAGAAAGCUACUAGGAGCAAAGGACUCUACUAGGGGCUUUUUCGGAAUUCGAUCCAUUUGGCUCUGGAAUGGCCGAUCCAUUCCACCGCACCCCUUCCACGUGCCGACCCGGUGCACACCGUUAGGACUGGCAGCUGGUUCAAAAGGCGUUGAUCACAUCAACGCCUUCCCGGUGUGUCAUCAGCUGAAGCACACUGAAAGAAACUAGCUUUGAAGCCUGCAGCCAACUGAAUCAUAAGGUGUCUUUAAUUGCUUCUAAUGCUGAAAUGCGAGGUGUCGCUGAAUGUGUCCAGAUCCGCGUGCCUUUAUGCUUAUCAGUGUCCUGAGGAUGAGGAUGAGAUGGGGGAGUCCUUGAUAGUCUUCGACCUGGUCGAGGGGCGCGAGGUUGUGCAAUUGAUUGGACACACUGACCAUGUCAUGUGCGGUUCCAUGUCCUGACUGGCAAGUGCCAUUUGUGUGUUGCCCUCCAGCCUGCAAAAGUAGGAGUUUCAGGGAGGUGUUAAAUGUACAAAGUCGUGGAUUGCACAGUUUGCGCUUGGCCAAA